CCUGCUCGGUCUCCUCUUGACACUACGCGGUCUUCUUGCAUCCCAUCAUUCCCUCUCACCGAAGAAGAUUCUCUCCUCUCCGUUAGCAAAUCUACGAGCGAGCUUGAUCAAGAGAAACAAAAAGAUAGGAGAGAGAUGGCUUUCUUCUUGUUUCUUGGAAGAGUUUUCUUCGCUUCUCUUAUCAUCGUCUCCCCUUGGCAAAUGUUCAGUGGCUUUGGAGAUGAUGGUGGUCCUGCAGCUAAAGAGUUGGCUCUAAAGCUGAAUCUGGCCAAGGCAAAUCUAUCUUCUAGAUUAUGGGUAACUUUGUCUAAUAUAGAGGUGAGACAAGCCAGUGUUACUAUUGUUUCCCUGAUAGCUAUCGGAGGCGUAAUCUUUGUUAUCAGAAAAAUCUUUGGUGCUUAUCUGGCUGUUUACUUUACGAUUGUCAGUCCUAUUCUGUAUGAUAUCUACAACAACGGACCUGAGGAUCGUUAUUUCUCUCCUUUCUGGAUAGAGCUCUUCAAGAACGUCGCAAGUUUUGGCGCAAUGUAUAUUUAUUUUUUGAAUGAAUAACUCGACACCCUCCAAUAGGAAUCUGAAGAAACAGAUUGUUUCUUUAGUGGAUUAGCUGACGAUACAUAAUCUCAAAGACAAAGCUCAGGUAGUUUGAAGAAAGUUACUUUAUAUUUCAUUAUCACAAUCUGCUAC